AUGCUAGUCCACCUUUUCUUCGACGAUUCGUUUUGGCGUGUGGUGACUGGUCUUCGACCAAGACAUCGUACUUCGCCAAUGGCAAUUGGCGAAUUGUACUUCUGCACCGGUGAGGGUUUUUACCCCGUCAGCAUGAGGGAUCGAUUCGCUGUUUCGCCCUUGCCUGCUGUUUCUUUACGUUCUUCUGUUGGUGCUUCUGCUUCCGCUCCUGCUUGUGUUGCCUCGCCUGUCUCCUCGCCUGUCCGUGAGGUUCCACGCCUUACAUUUUCGUUUGCUUCUCCCUCUCCCACAAUUAUAAAAGGUAAACGUAAGUGUUACUUUAUGGACUGUGCUGCUGCUCUUGGCUUGCCUUCUGUCGAUUGUGGUCUGGUGCCUUCUUUGCCUCCCCUUCCCCAAUACGACCCUUCCGUUCCUGGCUUUGCCUAUGUCGGCUUAGUGAUCAGUCGAGCAUGGCUGGCUGAGAACGUGACCUGUGUUCGCUCGGAGCCUUUGCUUGCUGCUUCCGUUGCUUCUUCUUUGCCUCUUGGUGUGCCGUGCUCGGUUGUUUCUUGCUCCGGGGCUUCGUCUUCGGUUGCCGACAUGGUGUCCUCUCCUGUGUCUGCUCCUGUAGCUUCCUCUUGGGAGUCUUUGACAUAUUCGACCUCUGUGGAGGUAAUGGGACGUUCGGCGUCCUCUUCCUUUGUCUCCGGUGUUGCUGGGUCGUCUCCUGUUGUUGCCGCGGAGCUCUCUGCGCCUUUUGUGGAGACUUCGCUUGUUCCGGCUGCUGUGUCUGAGCCUUCGGCCAAUACUGUAGCUGAGAUUGUUUGUCCUGUUGUUGUGCCUGGCCCUGUUGCUGUCACUACAGCCACAGUUGUACCGCGGCCUGUGGCUAUCCCUCGUCCGUUUUCUUUGCGUCGUCGUUCUGGUGCUGGUCGUUCUGCUCGCGCUGUUGUUGCGAUCUCUCCUGCUGCCGUUUCGUUUUCUGGUGCUCGUCUUUCUCCUUCGGAGAAUGUAAUCUCUGGAGUCAAAAGAAAUAUGCCUCCUCCCUCACCACCAACCUCUCGUCGUCGUCGGCUUUCCUGUUGUCCUCUUCCGGAGAAGGUGUCUCUUGCUGUUUCCUCUGUCCCUGUGGUUUCCUCCGUCUCUUCUGUUCCGGCGGUCGGUGUCGUUGAGGCUUCCUCAAUCUCUGUUUCCCCUGCGCGUCCCAUUGCUAUGCCGUGCGUAUCCCAUUACGAAAAAGCCAGGGAGAAACAGAGUUUGAGGGACCUCUUCGACGCUGCCGAAAAGGAAGUUGGAGCAGACAACAUUCAUUCAGUAAGCUUUAAACGGAGUUAUAACUUACAAAUGAGAUACAUGAAGCAGAAAUCGUUGUCUUUGGACUGUGCGUUGACUAAAUUGGGGUCAUACAAGGAUCAAGUUCAAGGACUACGAAAUAAUUGGAUACUUUUUGAAUGUCGCUUGACAGAUUUAUGUUUUAAGUUUCCUAGUAAUUACAUUGUAGUCAUAGUUGCAAUUGUCUAA